AUGUCCGCCCUCUCCCCCACCGCCCCCUCGCAACCCACCACAUCCCAAGCCUACACCACCCCCGGCAACCCCACAGAAAAGACACCCCAGGAACAAUCCGAAUCCUUCAAUGCCUCGGACAACGCCGCUUUCGCCGACCAACGCAUCCCCACAAAACAAGCGACGCACGAGCAAGGCCUUCAAAACGCAAAGUUCGAAGAGGGAAAAGGCGUCCACGGCGCACCGGCUGGCGAGGAAAGCAAAGGACUUAGUGAAGAAGAUGUAGGACGACACAAGGAGCUGGAUGGGCAGCAGAUGGCUAUGCCGGGAGAAGGAAGGGUGGCGGAUGCGGUGGCGAAGAAGGGGGUGGGAUUGGGGGGUGGAGGUGCGCAGCCGGGGUUGGAAAGUGAUUUGGAUAGGAAGAAAGCAGAGCAGGCGGAGGCGAGGGAAGCGAUUAAGGCGGAGAAAGCGCAGGCUACGUCCCAGGGCGGUGCGUUGGGACAGACGGGCGGACCGGCGAAUCCAGUGGAUAAUGCUACACAGGGAGGAGGCAAUUAUCCUAAUUCUAGCUACUAG